UUUUCAAGUGUGGAGUCAAAUACUUUUAUAAUUUAGUAGUCUUCUUGUCUAACUUUAUAUGUAAAAAAAAUAACUCCUUUCUAUCUUUGUUUAUUUUGUGAUCUAAUGGAUUUUUACUCUCUUUAGCUUCAAUGGUUUGACUUGGGAGAGGAAGACAUAUAACCUAACCCUAGUCUGAAAAAAUUACAAAAAAAUUUCUACUUUUUUUUUUGAAAAUUCAAAGUGAAAAAGAUGUUUGGUGAUUGUCAACUAUUUUCAUCCAUGGGGAUGGGAGGAAAUAAUAAUAAUAAUGUUUCUUCCGAUACACUCUACUCUUCCUCGAUCCAAAACCCUAAUUUUAACUUCAUGAAUAUGGGAGGAAAUAACUUGCCUUUCAACAUUUUUUCUCCUAAUAUCAUUCCAAAGGAAGAAAAUGGAUUAUUCAAAAGCAAGGAAGAAAUGGAUAGUGGUUCAGGAAGUGAACAUAUUGAAGGAAUGUCUGGAAAUGAACUCGAACCCGAACAACAACAACAGCAACAACAAGCGGGAAAGAAGAAACGUUAUCAUAGACACACUGUUCGUCAGAUCCAAGAAAUGGAAGCGUUAUUUAAGGAAUGUCCACAUCCAGAUGACAAGCAAAGGCUUAAAUUAAGCCAAGACCUUGGCCUUAAACCACGUCAAGUCAAAUUCUGGUUUCAAAAUCGAAGAACUCAAAUGAAGGCUCAACAAGACCGAUCAGAUAAUGUGAUACUUAGAGCUGAGAAUGACAAUUUAAAGAAUGAGAAUUAUCGACUGCAAGCAGCUCUACGCAGUAUUAUGUGCCCUACUUGUGGAGGUCCUGCCAUGCUUGGAGAAAUGGGAUAUGAUGAACAACAACUCCGCCUCGAAAAUGCCCGUCUCAAAGAAGAGUUUGAGCGAGUAUGUUGCCUUGUAUCUCAAUACAAUGGCCGCGGACCAAUGCAAGGACUAGGAGCACCAAAUCCACUUCUUCCACCAUCAUUGGAACUGGAUAUGUCCAUUAAUAAUUUCUCAAGUAAAUUUGAGGACCAGCCAAACUGCGGGGAUAUGGUUCCUGUUCCAUUACUCAUGCCUGAUCAAAACAACUCUCAAUUCUCCGGUGGUCCAAUGAUCUUGGAAGAAGAAAAAUCUCUUGCUAUGGAACUCGCUCUUUCAUCUAUGGAUGAAUUAGUCAAGAUGUGCACAAGCUCUGACCCGCUCUGGAUUAGGGCUUCUAAUGAUUCUGGAAAAGAAGUGCUUAAUGUUGAAGAAUAUUCUAGAAUGUUCCCAUGGCCUGUUGGAGUCAAGCAGAAUGGCAAUGAGCUUAAAAUUGAAGCAACUCGUAGCAGCGCUGUUGUUAUUAUGAAUAGUAUCACUCUCGUUGAUGCCUUCUUGGAUACAAAUAAAUGUAUAGAGCUUUUUCCAUCUAUCAUUUCUAGAGCCAAAACAAUUCAAGUUGUAACUUCAGGAGUUUCUGGACAUGCCAGUGGUUCUCUUCAAUUGAUGUUUAUGGAAAUGCAAGUUUUGACACCCUUAGUGUCAACAAGAGAAUGUUAUUUCCUGCGUUAUUGCCAACAAAAUGUGGAAGAAGGGAGUUGGGCAAUUGUUGAUUUUCCACUUGAUAGUCUUCACAACAAUUUCCCACCACCUUUCCCUUAUUUCAAGAGAAGGCCUUCUGGAUGCAUCAUUCAAGACAUGCCCAAUGGAUACUCCAGGGUUACAUGGGUUGAACAUGCUGAGGUGGAGGAAAAUCCAGUGAAUCAAAUAUUUAAUCACUUUGUUACAAGUGGAGUGGCAUUUGGAGCACAAAGAUGGUUAUCAAUCUUGCAAAGACAAUGUGAAAGGCUUGCUAGUCUUAUGGCUAGAAAUAUAUCUGACCUUGGAGUGAUACCAUCUCCAGAAGCGCGAAAGAGCUUGAUGAAUUUGGCACAAAGGAUGAUCAAGACAUUUUGUAUGAACAUUAGUACUUGUUGUGGACAAUCAUGGACAGCUCUUUCUGAUUCUCCUGAUGAUACUGUUAGAAUCACUACUAGAAAAGUUACGGAACCAGGACAACCUAAUGGACUAAUUCUUAGCGCGGUUUCAACUUCUUGGCUUCCAUAUAAUCAUUUCCAGGUCUUUGAUCUCUUGAGAGAUGAACGUCGAAGAGCUCAGUUGGAUGUACUUUCAAAUGGGAACUCAUUACAUGAAGUGGCUCAUAUUGCAAAUGGUUCACAUCCAGGGAAUUGCAUCUCUCUUCUUCGAAUUAAUGUGGCUAGCAAUUCAUCCCAAAGUGUAGAGCUAAUGCUACAAGAGAGUUGCACGGAUGAUUCAGGCAGCCUGGUGGUCUACACUACUGUAGACGUGGACGCGAUCCAGCUAGCCAUGAACGGGGAGGAUCCAUCGUGCAUCCCUCUUCUUCCCUUAGGGUUUGUCAUAACACCAAUCAAUAACGGACAAGCCAAUAUUAACAAUUGUGACAACAACGUCUCAAGUACUGAGGCUAAUUCAUCUCAAUCUUCCGAAAAGAGGCAGAACUUGUCGUCAGUUCAAGAGUAUUCAGGAGGUUGCCUACUCACCGUUGGAUUACAAGUCCUUGCCAGCACGAUCCCAAGUGCAAAGCUCAAUCUCUCUAGCGUCACUGCUAUUAACCAUCAUUUAUGCAACACCGUACAACAAAUCAAUGCUGCACUUGUUGCUUUUUACCCCGACACAGAGGUAACUGCACCAUCAUCAUCACCACCACCACAACAACCAGAGUCGUCCAAGCAAGUGGACGAAAACUCAAAUUCCUAAUUACCCAAAACCUCCCUCUAACAAAACUUUUUUUUUGUAAGGGGAGGUUAUGAGUAAUUUGUGAAAAAUGAGAAGCGAGGGUAAGGGGUAGGACUGCUACAGUACUAUUUUGGCAUAGUAGGGAAGUGGGUCCCAUGCAAAUGAAGGUUUUAAUAGCCUGUACAUUUUGCAUGGGUGGACCCCUAGUAAAUAAAUGACAAGAUCAGAAAGUGGUUGUUAGGUAGGUGGGAAAAUCCAGUGAAAUGAUUGUUUAUGUGUGUGUGUGUUUUUAAUAUUUUGUUGUGAUUAUGAUAUUUGGGAAGUCAAGAACGAACCAGGUGGCAGAUGAAAAUGAAAAUCGUUAGUGAAUGGUGAGAAAAUUAUCUCUACGAAUUAAAAAAAGACUAUGGUUCGGGUAUUGACUUCUUUUGUUUUAUGUCCCUCUACUCCCUCCUACUAGUGAUUAAUUUUUUGUGUUGUUGAUCAGAACAAUUACAAUUUGCAGUUGUUUCUGCAAUUGACACAAAUUGUAGUAAGGUUUAAUUACUAAUUAGUA